AUGGCGACCAAAAAGUGCAAAUUAUUGUCAGUGUGUGUCUUUAUUCUACAUUCCAUCUCACUUCAUGUUGUAUCAAGCCAUAACUUCGUACAUCAAUCACAAUAUCUUCAAGAGGCUAACCAGCCCCUUCAUGCUAACAUCAGACAUAGUAGACAUAGAUUAAAAAGAGAAGUGACACAAAAAACUGUAGAAAAAUCAAUCCAGGAGACACAACAAAAUCCCAUUUUUGCUCUAAGAGAUGAAGUAACCAAUCCCAAUUCGAGGAUAUUUUUGUAUGCUGACUCUUCCAGACAAAAUUUUUUCUCGGUGGAUGCAGAUGGAAAUGUAGCCGUUCGACAAGGAAAUAAAUUGGAUUAUGAAGAUGAAUCUAUGCGAAAUAUCAAACUGUUUGUGAAUGCAACAAGUAGAAGAGAUCAAUCAGAUGUGAUUGUAUUAGAUGUUACCAUACAGAUAUCUAAUGUUAAUGAUGAAAAUCCUGUAUUCAAAAACCAACCAUUUCCAUUUCUUGCUACUGUUCCACCUAAUGCAGCCUCUGGGGUCAAAGUUUAUGAACUAUUUGCAGAAGAUCCAGACCAAAAUGAUGUGAUAUACGCUUUUUUAACAGGGGGAGAAAACAGAUUUGAGGUUCGCACUAAGAACGUUUUUUCUACUGCACUUAAUAGAAAUGUAAGAGUUGCUGAAAUAUUAACUCAAGGAGCUGGUAAUUUUAUUAAAGAAGAAUAUCAGCUGGUAAUUUCAGCUGCUGAUUCCACAAAUGAAACACAAGUUACAACUGCCACUGUUUUAGUAAAAGUUGGUGUUCGACCACCUCAAUUUUAUGAAUCUUCCUAUGUUGGUAAAAUCCCUGAACACAGUUCAGCUAAUCAAUUUUUACAGAAUGAGCUUAAAAUCCUAGCCAAAUCUUUCCAAGGAAAAGAAAUUACGUAUCAGUUAUUGAAAGGUGGCAAUAGUACGCAAGCCUCCCCCUAUUUUACUAUUGACAGUACAACUGGUGUAGUCAAAACUACUAGUACUCUGCAAUCUUCUGAUCUUGACUAUGAUAUUUCACCUAAGAGUUCCCGACCCCCAAAAUACAGUUUAACAGCCAGAGCUACUGAAUCUGAGACAGGGUUAUCCAGCACUAUCGAUUUGAAUGUGGAAGUAAUUGAUAAUAAUGAUAACUCACCAAUCUUUGAAUAUUCAAGUUAUCAAAGAAUUAUUCCUGAAAAUUACCGAGUUAAUUCCACUAUAUUGACAGUGAAAGCCGAUGAUGAUGAUUCUGGUACUAAUGCAGAAAUAACCUAUUCUGUUAGUGAUGGUAAUUUUACUGUUGAAACAGUCAGUGAUCCUGUCAGUGGCAUCAUAGGUCAUGUUAAAAAUAUAUUGCCAUUGGAUUAUGAUCGUAUAGUUGGUCACAUGUACAGUUUUGAGGUAUAUGCCCAUGAUGCAGGUAGUCCGAGGAGGUCUGGUACUGCGUCAGUACGUGUGAUUGUUACUAAUGUUAAUGAUGAACCACCAGAGAUACAGAUUGAUAAUUCUACAGUCUAUAGUGUCAGAGAAGAUGCUGAAAUCAAUUAUGUAGUGACAUUUAUACAGGCUGUUGAUUUAGAUGGUGAUCGUGUCUCCUUCUUUUUUACUCCUGAUCAAUCGACGUCCUAUAUCUUCUCUAUUGUACCACAAUCUGGUUUAAUUCGUUUACAACAAAAAGUACCAAGUGAUGUAAAUAUGUAUGUAUUAAAUAUCACAGUAAAAGAUGAUGGAUCAUGUUGUGGAGGGGGAACAACACUGUCUAGUGAGGCCAAUAUUUACGUAGAAAUAGUGGAUGUUAAUGAACACAAACCAACUUUUACAAACUGCUCAGAGUAUAAUAAAGCUAGUUUGUUAGAAAAUUCACCAUCGAACACUCCGAUCAUUAAGGUACAUGCUGUUGAUGAAGAUAGAGGAGAAAAUGGAAGAGUCACCUACAGUAUAUUACGAUCUUCUACUGAUACAACACGUAAAUUUAAUAUUGAUCCUAAUACUGGUAAUAUCACCUCAUUGAUACAAUUUGACAGAGAAAAAACACAUUCUCAUUCUAUAACUAUAAAAGGCAAUGAUCAAGCCAAUCCUUCAUUAGAAGGUUAUUGUACAUUUAGUAUCAAUAUUGGUGAUGUGAACGACAAUAGUCCAGUAUUUGAUCAGCCCUCCUACACUGUUAAUAUUGUACAAGAUUAUGAAGUUGGAAGAUCAGUGGCUAAUGUUCGUGCAGAAGAUGCUGAUUUAGGAAUUAAUGCUGAGAUUGAAUAUUCUCUGAUUUCUAAUCCAAAUGACAUGUUUCGUAUUGAUAUUGAUGAUGGUAUUAUUUAUUUGGAUAAGGAUUUGGGAACGGAUACUGCAUACCAACUUCAAGUCAUGGCUAAAGAUAAAGGAAUUAUCCCAUUAAAUGCCAAUGUUUCUGUUACUGUCAAAGUUGCUAAUAUAACAAGUAAACCCCCUAGUUGGGAUCGAAAUGAUUAUGAUUCAACUCCUUAUAAAGUAAAUGAAACAGUUCCUUUUGGAUAUAUGAUAGCUGAAUUUGCUGCCUCGUCCAAUGUUGAUGGUAAUCCACGAGUUCUGUUUAAUUUGAUUAAUGGAGAUGGUAAUGCUGUGGCUGUUUUGGAUCCGUUUUAUCUUGAAAUUCAAGGCAACAAAGUUCAGUUGAAAGUAAACAGCCGUUUAGAUUAUAAUGUAAAACCAUUACAUGAAUUGAGAUUAAGAGUAACGAAUUAUAACUUUAUACCAUCAACCAGUGAAAUUUCACCAAAGAUAGAGGUUAUAGAUAUGAACAAUAAAGCACCGUAUUUUGUUGGACGGAAUCAAGAUAGUUCAAUAUAUCCCGGUAGUGUUGCUGAAAACAUGCCACCUGGACAAACUGUAAUAGAUGUUAAAGCUUAUGAUGAUGAUGUUUUCCCACCCAACAAUGAGCUAUCAUUUUCAUUAGUAUAUAAAGAAGGGGUAUCUCAGUUAUUUAGCAUCAGUAAAAUAGAUGAUAAUACUGCUCGUAUCACAACUACAGCUCAGUUUGAUAGAGAACAGAAGAAUUUUUAUUUUAUUGAAGUCAAAGCCGAAGAUGGUAAAGCAUCAGACACUCCUGGUCAUACUCCUGCCAAUACACCUAAUUCGGCCAUAGCAACAGUUCAAGUAAGAAUAACCGAUCAAAAUGAUAAUCAACCAUAUUUUGAAAAAGAAAUGUACAAUGCUACAGUAAAGGAAGACGCUAGUAUAAGAACUAGUGUAAUAUUAGUUACUGGAAAAGAUCCAGAUACUGCUGAUAGUUUAGUCUACUCUAUAACUGGCGGUAACACAAGAAAUGCCUUUGGUGUACAGACAAAAAAAGGAAUUAUUUAUGUUGCUAGACAACUAGAUUAUGAAAGUGGUGAAACUGAGUAUACAUUAACGUACAUGGUUAGUGAUGGAUUAUAUACUAAUACAACUACAGUAAUAAUAUCAGUAGAAGAUGUCAAUGAUAAUAGACCAGAGUUUGAUCAAGAGACCUACACUAUUGAUGAUGUUGUAGAAGAAGAUGAAAGUAUUAGUCCAAAUCAACCACGUUUAUUAACCAAGGUAAUUGCUACUGAUGCAGAUAAAACUCGACCCAAUCAAAUAACAUACUCCCUACUUGGAUCUGGUACAAUGCCUGGUGAUGAUCAACUAUUUAGAGUUGAUCCUAAAACAGGAAAUUUAUAUCUUUUACGUAAAUUAGAUAGAGAUUUACCCAAUGGUCGUGCUACAUACCAAUUUAAUGUACGAGCUAUGGAUGAACCACAGAAUCCAGAUACAGCUCAAUAUGGUUUUGCUUCAGUUGAAGUUAAACCUAAAGAUAUUAAUGAUAACCAACCUAUCUUUACUGACAAUUUAAGAGGUUCAGUAGCUGAACAUUCAGAAAAAGGAGAACAAGUUAUGACUGUAAUUGCAAGAGAUUAUGAUUUUAGAGAAAAUGGUACAGUAACAUAUGGUAUAGCAGAAGGACCAGCUAGUUUAUCAUCUAGUAUUAAAUUUAGUAUUGAUAAUAAUGGUUUGAUUACAACUAAUACUGCCCCAAAAGAAUUGGACCGGGAAGAUGUGGCCGUUUAUAAUUUUAAAAUUACAGCUCAUGAUUUAGGACCAAAUGCCAAUACAACAACAGCUACUAUUACCAUCACUUUAACAGAUAUUAAUGAUCAUAAACCAGAAUUUCUUGAAAAAAUUUACUCUGUCACUAUGUCUGAGGCUCAGGAACAAGGAGAAAUAGCAUUGGUACGAGCUAAAGAUAAAGAUAUUGGAGAGAACGCCAGAUUAACUUACUCGCUGAAUAGUGCACAUUUUGCUGUCAAUGUCAUCACUAAUGAAGGCAGUAUAACUGUAUACAAGCCUGUAGAUUAUGAAGAUCCAAGUCAAAGGAGUUUUAAUCUGUCAGUAACUGUCAGUGAUCCUGAUCCCUCACAUACAGAUACUUGUUAUGUUGAAGUAACAGUUGAAGAUUUCAAUGAUAAUGCCCCCCAAUUUGAUCAGGCAUCUAUCACUGUUAAUGUUAGAGAAAAUAUUGCUGUAGGAGAAAAAUUAGCUACAUUCUCAGCCAACGAUAAAGAUUCUGGCCUCAAUGCAAAUUUUACAUUCCAUAUUGAUACUACAACUGAUAGAAGGAGACAAUUUGCUAUAGAUGAAGUUAGUGGAGAGGUUUCUGUACGUAGAGGAUUAGAUAGGGAAACAUUACCUGUUCAUGAAGUCAGAAUAUUAGCCAUUGAUAAAGGUGAUCCUCAACAGACUGGAACAGCAAGUUUAACAGUUAAUCUAAUAGAUAUAAAUGAUAAUUAUCCUAUAUUCAAAUAUGACUAUCGCCCUAUUGUCAUGGAAAAUGACCCAAAUUUCCCAAAAGAAGUAAUUCGUGUACAUGGUAAAGAUUUAGACACAGAGAAAUUUGGUCCACCAUUUGGUUUUAAAUCAACACGAUGUGAAGAUGGUACUUCAAGAUGUCCUUGUCCUGGACGACCAACUUGUGAUUUCUUUAAUCUAACAGCUAAUGAUGCUGGAGAUGGUGGAAAUGGCGAAGGUGUUAUCUUUACUAAAGCUGAAUUUGACAGAGAAAAACAGAAAUAUUAUUAUAUACCAAUUGUUAUGUGGGACAUGAGAGGAAAAGGUGACCCUAACUCUCAGACUGGUACCAAUACUCUAACAGUAGAAAUAGGAGAUAUUAAUGAUAAUCCUCAUAAUCCUGGUCAUAAAGAUAUCUUUGUAUAUAAUUAUAAAGGUUUAUUUGGUAAUAUACCUAUUGGAAAUGCUUAUGCUGCUGACCCUGAUGAUUGGGAUGUCGUUGAUAAAACAUUUGAUGGUCCAAAUACAUACAAAGAUUUAUUUGAGGUUAUUUCUGAAAAUGGUAGUAUAAUAUUAAAAGAAAAAGUACCAGAAGGCGAAUAUACAUUUACUGUUAAAGUAACAGAUAAUUUACAUCAGAAGACUGUAGAAUCAACAGUGACUGUUGUUAUACAAAUGUUAACAGAAGAAGCUGUGAAGAAAUCUGGUGCUAUGAGACUAACAGGUAUAACAGCUGAAGAUUUUGUGGACCGUGAGAAAGUUGAUGAUGGUAAUCUCAACUCCUAUUAUGAUAGUAAGAGUGAUAAAUUCCGUCAAUUAUUAGCGGAUAAAUUAAAUACAAAGAAAGAGAAAGUAGAAGUGAUAAGUGUGAUGAAUAAUGGAGAGUUUACUGAUGUCAGAUAUUCAGUAUCAGGUUCACCAUACUAUGAUGCCAGUAAAUCAGAUAGUGUUAUUUCUUUAAAUAGAAAAGAGUUUGAAAAUAAAGUUGGUAUUAAGAUUGGAAUGGUACCAAUCGAUGAAUGUAUGGAUGAGAAAUUUGAAGGUGGUUGUUAUAAUUACCUGAAUAUCACGGAACAACCAGCUAUGGUUAAUACCAACAGUACUUCCUUUAUUGGUGUAGAAACUAAGGUGGAAGCUUUAGAAGGCUGCCGAGCUACUAUGUAUCCUGAUGAACAGGAGUGUUCAGCUGAUUAUUGUUAUAAUGGUGGUGAAUGCGUUAAAGAUGAUUGGAACACUAUUUCAUGCCCAAAAUGUCCAAUAGGAUAUGAUGGACCAAGAUGUCAAGGAACACAUCAUAGUUUUGAUGGAAAGAGUUAUUCCUUAUUUAAACCAUUAGAGCAAUGUCUUGAUAGUCAGACUAGUAUAGAAUUUAUAACCCAACAAGCUGAUAGUUUGAUCUUCUAUAAUGGACCAAUUGGUGAAUUAGGACCUGAUGAUCCGACUGACUAUAUAUCAUUAGAAUUAGUGAAAGGUUAUCCUAGACUACGUAUAGACCAUGGUACAGGAGAAUUAUCUUUACAAAUUGAUGGCAGAGAUGAACAAGGGUCAGUUAAACUACAGAGACUAGAUGAUGGUAAAUGGCAUCAUAUUGAUAUUAUUAGAGAAGGAAGGAAUGUUCAGUUAAUAGUUGAUAGAUGUCAGGAUAUAUCACGUAAUAAUGGUAUUGGAGUUGAUGAUAGAGCUUGUAGACAAUCUGGUGCUACAUCCAAUGAGAAUAGACUACUUAAUGUUAAUACAUUACUACAACUAGGAGGUCGAGCUGAGGACCCACCACCUUCCUAUCCUGCUGGUAUUACACCAAUAAGAUAUAAUGGUUGCGUUAAAAAUUUUAUUCAUAAUGGAGAGAUGUAUAACUUACAUAUCGGAGGAACACCAGGCUACCCAUCUGGUUCUAAUGGUUGUAAGAAAGAAGAAGGUAUUUGUGGUAAAGAUUUGGUACCAGUUUGUGGUGAGAAUGGUAUUUGUAUAUCCUCUUGGUCUCCUGAUGAUUAUAAGUGUAUUUGUAAAACAGGAUGGAGAGGAGAAAAGUGUGAAAAAGAAACAACUGUUAAAGACUUGAAAGAUAUGAGUUAUAUAAAAUGGAAGUUAUCUGAUGAAUGGUUUAACAAUAUAACACCAUGGAAAUUACAGAUGCACUUACAAUUCCGUACCCGAGAUGAAAAUGGCGUUCUGAUGACAGUUUCUACUGCUGAAAAUAGUAAACAUGUUAUAUUAGAGAUUGAAAAUGGUAUAUUACAAGUGAAAUAUGAUUUGGGUAAUAGUAAUGUACAGAUAUUACAACUGUAUUACUCUCCAGCCAGUAAUGGACGAUGGCAUACAGUAGAAUUAGAGCGUUAUGGUAAACAGUUUAUAUUGAAAAUGGAUGGUGGUGAAGGAAGAAAUUAUAAUUAUACUCUGGGUAAUCCUGGAGAGUAUGAAGGAAUAAAUAUACAGAGAAUUGUCUUUUCUGGUGCCAGUGUUUCUGAAACCAGCAGUAUUUCUGUUAUUUCACCAUCAACUGAUCUCAGUGAUACAUGUUUAAAUGAUGUAAGAAUUGAGAAUGGUUGGUUCCCAAUGGAAAUGAAUGAAAAUAGUGAAAGUAAAGCUGCUACGUUGGUCCGUGAUGUCAAUUUAGAGGAUGAUUGUCUUAGAAAUGAUUGUGAAGGUGUCACAUGUACAGGAGAGUUUGAAGUCUGCUAUCCAUUGUGGGGUAUAUAUGAAUGCAGAUGCCAAGAUGGAUAUAAAAAAGGCCCAAAUGGUAAAUGUAUACUGAUACCAUUCUGUGAAACAGAUCCAUGUAUUUCUGGUCGAUGUAAUGUAGAUAAAUGUGAAUGUUUUGAAGGAUGGGAUGGGAAAUUCUGUGAGAAGAGAGAUCCAGGAUCAGUUGUAGCUGGUCUGUCUACUGGUGCUAUAGUAGCCAUUGUUGUUUGUAUAUUUAUAGCCUUAAUUUUAGCAUUGGUUGUGAUAUUUUUGGUGCGAUUUAGUGAAAGACCUAAUGAUAGUGAUAAAUAUAUAUUAGAAGUUGACCCAGAUGAAGAUAUCAGAGAAAAUGUUAUGAAUUAUGAUGAAGAAGGAGCAGGUGAAGAAGAUCAUGAUGCCUAUGAUAUCAGCAGACUACGUAAACCUGAUGACAAUAUGUCCAUGGGUAAAUCACCAUUAGAUCCUAUACCACGUACAAGAAUGGUUGGAUUAGGACGUGCUCCACGGCCAGGUGAAGAUCCUGAUGUAGGUGGUUUUAUUGACGACAGAUUAGGAGAUGCUGAUGAUGAUCCUAAUGGACCACCACCUGAUAGUGUUUGUGAAUACGCCUAUGAAGGUGGUGGAAGUGAUGCUGGUUCUCUCAGUUCAUUAAAUACAACAUCCAGUGAUGGUGAUCAGGACUAUGAUUAUUUAAAUGAUUGGGGACCAAAAUUCGCCAAGUUAGCUGAUAUGUACGGUGCUGGACAAGAAGAUUAG